CAUAAACCAUCCCAAAACACGCCGGACAGAGCAAAACCUCCCUCCCUGUUACUUGCAGCUGCAACGCUUUGCCUAGUUCUUUAUAUCCAAUCUCGCUUCACCAAGAACAAGAAAGAAUACCCAAAUCAGAAAAAGAAACAGAAAGAUCAACCGUAAGCGCCGGAUUGUCCAUUUCCGCUCCAGAAGAGAGCAGAAGGCGUGAUUAGCGAGAAUGGUGGCGAUCGAGAACCAAAGCCAGGCCCAGAGGCCGGCGGAGUCCGCGAGGAUCCCCAAGGAGGCGCGGCGGCUCCUGCACAACCUGGCGGCGGCGUGGCCGAACGUGGCGGACUGCCGCGCGCUGGAGGUGGUGCCGCUCAAGGGCGCCAUGACCAACGAGGUGUACCAGGUGCGCUGGCUCACCGCCCCGGCCGGCGGCGAGGCGGGCGCGGGGGCGCUCAAGGAGAGGGAGGUGAGGAAGGUGCUCGUGCGGAUUUACGGCGACGGCGUCGACCUCUUCUUCGACCGCGACGACGAGCUGCGCACCUUCGAGUGCAUGUCCCGCCACGGCCAGGGCCCCCGCCUCCUCGGCCGCUUCCCCAACGGCCGCAUCGAGGAGUUUAUCCACGCACGGACGCUGUCGGCUCCCGAUAUGCGCGAUCCUGAAAUUUCAGCUCUGGUGGCUACAAAACUGAGGGAAUUCCACAACCUUGACAUGCCUGGUCCCAAGCAUGUGCUCCUCUGGGACAGACUGAAGAACUGGCUCAAAACUGCCAAGAACCUGUGCCCAACCGAUCAGGCCAACGAACUACGCUUGGAUUGCCUGGAGGACGAGAUCGCUUCGCUGGAGAAAGAAUUCUCAGGGGAUUACCACCACUGGAUUGGUUUCUGCCACAAUGAUCUACAGUAUGGCAACAUCAUGAUGGAUGAGGAGACCAACAUGCUGACCAUCAUUGACUAUGAGUAUGCAAGCUUCAACCCAGUUGCAUAUGACAUCGCUAACCAUUUCUGCGAGAUGGCGGCAGACUACCAUUCGGAAAAGCCUCAUAUACUGGACUACAGUAAAUAUCCAGAUAUCGAUGAGCAGAGGCGUUUCGUGAAGACUUACCUGAGCACUUCUCGUGAGUACAAAACCCAAUUAUCUUGGUUCGAUUGUCCGACGAUUCCUUUCGUGCUAAUACAGCUUUGUUGGGCAGGCGAGGAACCUGAAGCGGAGGAGGUGGAGAAUCUGCUCCGGAGCGUGGAGAAGUACACGCUCGCGAGUCAUCUGGUUUGGGGACUCUGGGGAAUAAUAUCGGAUCGUGUCAACGACAUCGACUUCGAUUACCAGGAGUACGCAAGGCAGAGAUUUGAGCAGUACUGGCAGAAGAAGCCUGCCGUCCUAACCUCAUGAAUAGCUGUACCUAUGGCUUCAGGAACUCCCUGAGGGCCUGUGCUGCUGCACACAAACUGUGCAGUGUUACUAACACACAUAUCCCCUGGCUGGGAUAAUGACAGGAAGGAUAUGAGAGAAGCAUACUAUUACAAGGAAGCAUAAGCCCGUUCCAGGGUCAGACGUUCCCAUUUCGAACCUUGACAAGGUCCAGCUUCAGGAAGGAAGCUGUCUAUGGGGGCUUUGGUUGAUUGUUUAUAGGUAUAGCCUCGACGGCUCGACGCAACGAUGAUAAAGCUUGGAGUUGCAUUUUGUAUGUUGUUUCCCUAAGCACAGCUGGUGGUGUUCGUGUGAUUUUGUGCUAGUAAUGUAUGUAUACUUGACGGACAAAGUAUGUACUAUAAGACAUCUCGUGAAAGAAGUAUGAGUAUGUAUGAGAUCCUGAUUAA